AUUUCAACAUUGGAGACGAUAUCUACUCGUAGUAUAUGUAGGAAUUCCCUUACAAAUAACAAUCACGAGAAAAAAAAUCCCUUUCCAUUGACAUAAAGCGCAAAUAAAUAGCGCAGACAUACUCGAGGAAAUAUGGCAGAAAAUUACAUUUUACAAGUUACAGCCGGUUCAAAAUACGAUGUCAGUACACAUCAGAUUGUACCGGUCAAUCAAGCAAAGACAGUCAGGAUUGAGAACGAACUUUGCGAGGUGGAUUUGAAUGUCAGGAUCCAAGAUUAUCGCGGACUACCCAAAUCUUCGCCCACCACCUCUCCAUACUUUGCUCUACCACCGCAUGAUAAGAAUAAAGAUCAAUAUAGUAUCGGGUUUCGAUUCAAACCAAAGAAGGACAUCAAUGCGGAUGAUUUGGUUUUUGGAAACGAUUUUGAUCAUCCAAUUAGGGAUCGUCUGCCCCCGGGAUUCAACACAGCUUUCAGAAUCGUAAAGUGGAUGGUAGAUCCAGGGUUGGAUGGAGAUGUUUAUGCAGACGAACCAUAUUUGUAUGGGCCGGCGGCUAGUUCAUUCAAUGUGCUGUACGUUGGGGAGGGAGGAGAGGGAGAUGAUGAGGAGGAAGAGAAUGCGGGGUUGGUGUUUGAGGAGGGUGGGGAUGAGGAGGGCGAGGAACACCGGGAGGAGUGUGGAAUUCCGGAUGGGGAGGCGGCGAGGAAGAAAUACUUCUUGACGGAGGCCAAUAGGAAAGAGUGGGAUUGGGAAGAGGGGAGAACUUAUGGGUGUGAUUUCUUUAAUGCAUAUCUAGAUUUUAACAAUUUCUCUCUCAAAUUACCAGGAUUUACAAUGCCGAUAAUGAAAUAUUGGGAUGGGCAAGGUCUUCGGAAAGAGCAAAAGCGCUCACAUACGCUCAGAUAUGUAUUGAAAAAUCGCAAGACUGGAGAAGUCUUGUUCGUGGUUCUUUUUACGCUUUAUCUGAAAGAAGACGUGGAUGAGAAUGGGAACCUGAAGGCGGGUGUUGAAGGAGGCAAACCGUUCGAUCAGCUCCCCAAAGACGUUGCUGAAAAACAUUUGAGAGAGAAGAAUGGGGAAGUGGGAAGGGAGAAGGGGGUAGACAAGGUGGAGCAGUCUACUAAUGACGACGAUGAUAGUGAUAUUGAUUGAGGCAAUGGUUCUGGGGAAAUUUGCGGACAAGAAAAAGUCGUAAGAUGGAUGGAUAUAUCAGGUAAAAGAAAUAUAAUGUAAGAUAGAUGCUAGAUGGAUAAAAGGUAUUUUUAACAGCGAAAGAGCUCAAGUUAUAUAUCGCGAGUGCAUACAAUACGAAGUACUAGGUAGUUCAUACAAUAAAUACCUACCUUUUCACUCACAACACCCCCGCAUACGACGAGAUUACCGGUAAUGUUGGGUAGAAGGUACCUGUACGCACCUUCCUGACGACACGAUACAGAAGGCAGCAUUAGAAGAUAGAUACUAGACAAUUUCCAUGAUUAAGCAGUGAAGUGUUUCAUCUUUCAAUAGCAGAUUCGGUCCCCA